AUGCCCGCCGCCCCCACCGUCAAAAUUGCACGCACCAACUCGGUCUACGACCGUAGCUCCCGUGCGUCCGCCUCUCCCAAGUCGAGCCGGCGGUCAGCGACUCAGCCCAAGGUCAAGGCUCAGCCUGCGCCCCAGUUGCGUGCCGCUACCCAGGCUAGGAAGGCGCAGGAGUCUUUGUACUUCGAGGAGGACUACAGUGAUGAGAUUGUCGAGUACAUGACCAGCAUGGACAACUGCACACUCGCCUCUGCCGACCUUAUGGACAUGCAGCCCGAACUCCAAUGGUUCAUGCGCUCCUACCUCAUCGACUUUAUCAUCGAGGUCCACCAGCAGUUUCGUCUCCGCCCUGAGGUCCUCUACCUCGCCAUGAACGUCGUCGACCGGUACAUCUCCAAGCGUGUGGUCUACAAGAAGCACUACCAACUCGUUGGCUGUGCCGCCCUCUGGAUCGCGGCCAAAUUCGAAGACGCCAAGGACAAGGUCCCUCUUGUUCACGAGCUGUCAGAGAUGUGCUGCAAGGCCUAUGAUGAGAGCGCCUUCAUCCAGAUGGAAGGACACGUCCUCUCUACCAUAGGUUGGGUUCUUGGGCACCCUUCUGCCGAGGCAUGGUUGCGUGUCUACUCUACAGGGAUUAGGUACGAGGAUCAGAAGGUGGCCAACAUGGCGAGGUUCCUCAUGGAGAUCACCCUGUUCCACCGAGAGUUUAUCGGUAUUCGGUCUUCGACUGUUGCUGGCGGUGCUUUGAUGUUGGCGAGGUUCAUCUGCGGCAAGGCCUACAAGCCAUGCUACCCUGGUGUCAAUGAAAAUCUUGCUGCUCGAGUCGCCACUGCUAUCGACAAACACUUUACGCAAGACCUUGAAAAGGUGUCGGAGAUUGUCAUUCGCAAAUACUCCCCCACCUAUUACGACCGGGUCUCCACCAUUUGCCGCGAGUGGUAUCUCUCCGGGAGACGGUAUAACUACAACCCCGUCGUGCCCAGCACUCCCGUCUCUGGCAUGUCCACACCCGGCCUCGCUCCGUCGAGCUCUUCCUGGCAACGCGGGUCCUGGGCCGCUUCUCCUGCCGGCUCUUGCGCUUCGUCUGAGGCCGGCGAUGAGACACCCGUCACCCCCAUCACCCCCAUCCACUCUCACGUUGUGGACCCCUUCUCUGUCGCUGUCAAGGAGAACAUUGCUCCUGAUACAGGCAAGUUGGUGGCUGCCAAGGCGCGGGCGGUGAUUGAGGCGGCGGGCCUCACAGGGAAGCAGCAGCCUGCCAUCGUCUACCCCCAACGGCCAGCUCUCCAUGCUCUUCCGGCUGUGGGCGAGCAUGGCAUCAACCGGGCUAUGAGACGGUUAAGCAACUAG